AUGCUGGGCGGAGUUGCAGGCCGUCACAUGUCCAACAGACGGAGGGGCUCUUCACCGGCCAUCAGGGCGGGAGAAGAGGGCUUCUCCCCGGCUAGAUACGCGCGAAGGAGGAGAGCAGUCACCACAUCCGACCAUAAAUCAUGUGCCCUUAUACAAACUAGGCUUAAGCUGGGUGACAUUAUGUAA